CUGUGCAGGCCUUUAGCAUUCCAGUACCUGAACGAGAUCGUCACCAAACCUUCCUACGAACCCUGGAUUUGUGAAGAAACGAGCGAACAGGUUGAAGUGGAAGUUGAACUUGGGCAAAAGGAUUUGGAGCUGUGCGUAAACGAUUUAGUCCAUGCUGCUGCCUACCGUCUGUCUCCGAUGGCCCAUUCGCUGUUGUGUCCACGUGACAUGCUUGGAGUGCACAGCUCAGAAAUGCUGCAGCAGUUUUCUCAUGAGCACCUUAUUGCGAAAUCGAACGCCCUGGUCGGCGUUGGAGUCGAACAUGAUUUGCUGAUGUACCUUGCUUCCGAAAUACUGUCCCUCGCUGAGGGUGACCCCUCGAAACCAGUGCCUGCCGUCUAUUAUGGCGGUGAGCGCUUCCAGGAAACGAAUAGUUCCCAAACGUAUUUCGCAUUGGCCCAUCAUGGCGUGAGCUUAAAGGAACCGAAAGACGCGAUUUGUCAAAUACUGCUGUGCAGAAUCCUCAGCGACAAGUCGCGAACUGUCUUGAAGGACGGUGGUCAGUCGAGACUUAUGAAGGCAUUUGGCAAAUACAACUUCAAGCCCUUUGAAGUGUCGUCAUUGAAUUACCUGUACUCGGACACAGGAUUGUUCGGAGUAAGCGGCUCGUGUCAUGCUUCAGACAGUCACGAUUUCAUCUUGGCCGUUAUGAACGAGUUGGAGCUCUUUGGCGAAAAAGAACCUUCUAAAAAAGAGCUGGACCUUGCCAAGCAGAAAGUCAUAGCAGAUUUAAUCAUGCAGUCAGAAAACAUGAAGCAGUUCUCUCAGAACUUUGCCACACAAGUGAUUGAACGGAAGCACGACGUUUUCACGAACGAUGAGAUCACGAAACUUGUUGAAUCCAUUCAACCGAGCGACAUGGUUCAGGUAAGAGACCUUUCUGUGUGA